AUGUAUAUACCUUUUGAAAAACGAAAACUACCAUUUAAAGAAAAUGAUAUUUUUGUAUCUGUAAUAACAGAAGCUAAUAAAAAUUAUUCAAUAGUUGAAAUAAUUGUGGUUACUAGAAGACAAAAGCAACAAAUAAAUCAGCCGUCUAGUCCACCACCAGUUGACAAAGAAACCAAUGAAAUCAAAUCAAUAAAACCUUCACGUGGACGUUCACGAAAAGUUUCUGUCGAAGAGAUACCUCCUGUUGAUAAAUUAUGCGCACCUGAUUCCAUCAUUCUUUUCACCGAGAAAGUAGUUCUGAAGCAUUACCCUAAAAGAACACGAAAUGAUGUACCCGACUAUGUAGAAAGUAAUCUCGAUGACAGUGAAUUUGAAGAUGACUUUACUACUGGAAAACUAAUGGUUGUUGACAUCAACAACAUCUAUCAGUUUUCCAUAAUUAAACCUAAAUACCAAAGCAACUUCCAAAAAGAUACAUAUUAUACGUAUGUUGAAAAUGUCAAUAGAAGAGAUGUAUACAUAUUGGCCAUCGGAGAUGAAAGUGAGAUGUCCAGUUUACAUAAUGAAAUAAAAGAAAGGAUCUUGUUGAAGAAUGCAAAUACAUUGUUUGCUUUAGUAAGAUUUUUGAAGAAUGAUGCUUUGCAAGCUAUUAACAUUGUUGAUAUCGAAGGAUUCGCCUUGAAUAAUACUACAUUGGAUUUCAAAAUUGAUGUUGUAUAUCAUGCCAAAUACUAUUGUACUUGUGCAUCAGCUAUUGAUGUAUUUAAUAAAGUUGAUUUUGCUUUAGUCUGGUGUGUAAAGCAAAACAUUAUUGCAGUUCAUACAAUAAAAAGCAUAAGGGAGUUAAAAUAUCAAGACGAUUUAUUAAUCAGUAGCUUUAACAAAAAUAAAAUAUACAGUGCUAAACUCAACGUCGGAGAUACUAAUUACUCAGCAGUGCAAAUUCUAGCGUUAGGCAGUAAAGAAGUCUUGGAGUUUCAGAAAAAACAUGCUGGAAAACGAAUGAAAAAAAAAGUUUUUAAUUCAAGCGACGUUGAUGCCAUAGAAAAGUUAAUAACUGAUCAUUCCAGCGAAAAUGAGGAGAUUGAAAGUUUGAUCGAAGAGAUAGAUUCUGAAGUAUCAGUAACAAAUGAAAAUAAGGGAAGACAAAAGAGAAGAAAUAAGAAAAGGGUGAAAAAGAAUAAUAAUGCUAUUGAUACAGAUGAUGAGGAAGAAGAUAAAGAAGUUUUAUCAAGGAAAUGCAAUGCUGUGAUAAACCAACAAUCAGUCUUAUCAUUUUCGGAGAAUGGUAGUGUUGAUGGAGAUCUAAACGAUAGAAAUAAUAGUACAACAAAUACAUCAAACGAAAAGUCAAGAAGUGUACUCCAACCAAGACAGCUCUUUCAUACAGAUAAUCAGUCGACUAGCCCACAGUAUGGAAAUGGCUUUAAAAAAAGAAGAUCGAAUGAAUCACACAGGAAAACCAAAAAAUCUAGAAAUUACUUUAACCCAGUUCCACUUAAACGUGGUAUGGGUGAUUAUAAUCCCUCAAUAUUUUCCAGAAAUGAUGAUAAGUAUAACUUUUCAUUAAUAGAAUGGUCAGAUGAUAGUGAUGGUGAAACACCAUAUCUACAGUUCAUUUUCCGAAGAAGAGGCCGAAGAGGAAGAAUAUAAUACAGUUUCCAAGAAAAUUCGGAAAAUUCAUUUAGGGUGGGACGUAACGAUUCCUAAGAAAACUUGGCAAAGUUUGAAAAAAUGUAAGGGUGUGAUGAAGUUUACCAAAGAUAUCUGUAUAUCUUUAUGGGAAAAUAACAUUGUAAAUAAAUGUCUGAAAAAAACGCCAUACUUGCAAGUAGUUGAUCAACCAAGAACGACAAUCACUCCAACUAAAUUGAAAGCUAUAACGCAAUGUGUCAAAUAUUGGAUAUAUGUCAAGCAUCCAGACUGGCUAGAAGAGAAAGAUAUGGAUGAAUAUUUACAAAAUAUUCACCCAGCAUUAACUCAAAAAAUUAACGGUGAAAUUCAAAAAUAUAAAUUAGCGAAAA